AUGAAUAACAAUAGAAAGCCACAUGACGAUGUCCAAGAUAAGGUUCUGCAAAGAGCGGAACUAGCACACUACAUUUGGAACUUGAGAUUUAACUUGAAUAAAGUAACUAAACGAAUUCUCUUGGAAGCAGAAGUUUUCCAAGAAAAUGGAAAAACUAAGCCACAAUUGAAAAUAGAGCAGCCAAUUCGCCAAUUUUUUUAUCCUGAGUGUCUGGAAGAAGAAAAUAUGCCAUUGAUCAGAGAGUUUAAAUGUUUGGAUUCGCCUCCGCCCGUUCCACCAAGCUCAUCACAAGAAGAUGAUGAAGAAAGCAGGUUAGGUUCACCAUACUAG